AUGGCUUUGGUGCUAAUCGCCCAAAUUGAUGCCUGCAAGCACAAGAAAUGCAAGUCACGUCCUAAGCCAUCUCCUACUACGACUACUCAUAUACCAAGUUGUCGUGUAUCUUGUCCCCCGUGUGCUACUCAUAGUCCAAUUCAUUGUGAUAUCGCUUGCCAAAAAAUAUGUGAUUAG